AUGGACUCAAGAGCCCUAAACCAAAAAUGGAAUCCGAUCCAAUCCGAUCCAGGCAGAUCGAGGCGAGCGAGCGAUGCGAGCGAGAGAUGGCGUUGGCGUGAUGUGAUGGAAGUGGCCAAUCACGAUCAAGUGUGGCUAAGGUUACAAGAGUUACACGUACCAGAGAUCGCAACGCGUCCAAAUAAAUGCUUGGGCUCUCUUCCUGGCGAGCUGGUGCCAUACGUGACAAUUGCUCGGUCCGAGACUCCAUUUCGCUUCACAAGAGAACGAGAGCGCAAGUAUGGACCAGUGUUCAAGACGAGCUUGCUGACGGGCAAGACUAUCAUGAUCACUGAUGUGGAGGGUGUCAAGUUUGUUCUCCACAACGAGGGUGUUCUCUUCGAGACGGGCUAUCCCCAAUCGCUCAAGGAUGUCCUGGGCGAGCGCGCGAUGCUCUUCCAUCACGGUGACUUGCAAAAGAGAAUGCACGCCAUGCUAAAGAGGUUUGUGAGCUCCACGCCCCUCAAGAAGUAUCUCACGCGAGAGAUGGAACUCCUCACUAAGCAAGGCAUGAGUACGUGGAGCAGAGGCCAAAGGAUUCUUCUCCAGGACGAGAUCCAAAGGAUCACCCACGACUUUUUGAUGAAGCAAUUGUUUGGAUUGGAGCCUGGCAAGCUUUCCACAACCAUAUUGGAAGAGUUUAACACCCUCAUGGCGGGGAUCAUUGGUGUUCCUAUGAUGAUUCCAGGGACUCCAUACUUCAAAGCAAUGAAGGCAAGGGAGAAGCUGUCCCAGAUUAUAAUGGAUAUGGUGGCUGCUCGAAGGGCCAGACCAGACAUAGAGCACAAAGACAUCCUCAAUGCAUUGAUCGAAGAAGUGAAAGAAGAAGAUGGUGAUGUGGAGAAGAUUAUAAUCGACAAUGUUUUGGUCAACAUUGCAAAUGCAGAGGGUAUUCCGGCAAUCGUCAUUGCUUUUGCUGUGAAAAACUUAUCAGAAACUCCCAAAGCACUCGAGCACAUCAGAGAAGAGAACCUUGCAAUCAAGAGGGGAAAAGAUUCGAAUGAAGGCCUUUCUUGGAAUGACUACAUGUCUUUAGAGUUCACCCAAGCUGUUUUUAACGAGACACUUCGUCUUGCCAAUGGAGCUCAAGGAGUAAUGCGGAAAGCCCUCAAAGACGUGGAAUACAGAGGUUACAUAAUUCCCAAGGGCUGGACAGUGCUUCCUUAUUUUCUCAACAUCCACUUCGAUGAAAAUAUGUUUCCAAAUCCAACUAAGUUCCACCCAUGGCGCUGGCUAGAGAAAAACAUUCCAUCAACUUAUGUGCUUCCUUUUGGUGGUGGGUCGAGAUUGUGUCCGGGCCAAGAGCUUGCUAGAGUCCAGACUGCAGUGUUUCUUCACCAUUUCGUCACGCAGUUCAAAUGGGAUGCAGAGCCAGAAACGGUGAUCAACUUUCCGAAGAUCAGCACCAGAAACCAUGUCCCAGUUGUGCUGUACGAUCUACACUAAUUAGUAUGGACUCGUGUACCAAGGUUUUGGACCACCAACAACAAGGAUCAAAGUGAAGAAGAUGGUUUUUAUGUCAAGGACUUAGGAGGGAUCUAAGGAAUUAUGAUUGUGAGGACAAUUUCCGGAAUAAUCACAGGAAUGGGACUGCUGUAAGGUUCUUUGAGGAGCUAGAAACACUAGGGCUCUUGCUUAAAAAGAUCUGUAUCUCUCAAGACGUAAGAAGUGCCAUGAGGCCCCAAGAAACGAAUACCAACUUUUUUUUGGCA